AUGCUUAAACAAAACAAUUACUUUAAAAGUACUCUAAUAAAACCGAAGCUUAAAUUAUGUACUGAAUCCCCUUUUAUAGUGAUUUUAGUUACUUCUUAUGUUGGACAUGUAGAACUUAGAAGUGCCCAUAGGAGGGCAAUGUCUGCUGACUAUUUGUCAUCUUUAAAUAUAACAAGAACUUUUCUCCUAGCAAAGAUACCUUCAAAUGAAAAGUAUAUUACACAGGAAGCUAUUAUUGAUGAAAGCAAUGUAUUCAAUGACAUUCUCCAAGGUUCUUUUUAUGAAAAUUACAGAAAUCUUACUUACAAGCACCUCAUGGGAUUAGAAUGGGCAUCCAGGGAAUGCAACAAAGUAUCAUAUAUUUUGAAAAUUGAUGAUGACACUGUAUUUAACAUUAAAAAGACUUAUGAAUUUUUAAAAUCUUUACCAAAAAAUGAUGAGCUAUUGAUGGGAUAUAUUUUAAAUUAUACUCUACCAAAAAGAAAUAAGCAAAACAAAUGGUAUGUAACUUUUGAUGAGUACCCUAGAAAUAUAUAUCCUCCUUAUUUAUCUGGUUGGUAUUACAUAAUAAGCCCCAAAGUGGCUAGUUUAAUCUGUGAUGAAGCUAUGUAUAACUCAUUUUUCUGGAUAGACGACAUAUUUGUCACUGGUCUUCUAAUAGAAUCUCUUGGUUUAAAGCUAAAACAGCUACCUGAUAAAUACUGGUUGGAAUAUUAUGAGCAGCUUGAAUGCUGCCUUCGAGAUAUGAUCACAAAAUCUAUAAAAUGUGAAUAUGUUAUUGGUCCUAAUGGGGGAAGAGAGAAUCUAAUAGUGGAAUUCAGUGAAGCUUAUGCAAAUUGUGAGAGAUGGAAAAACUGUACAAUAAGAUCAGAUCGUGACAUUAAGAAAGCCUGUAUUGUUACUAAAGAAAGAACAAUAUUCAGUAAUGGACAAUCUGAAGUUCUUCACAUAAAUCUA